AUGCAUCAGCCGCCCGAGUCCGCCGCCGCCGCCGCCGCCGCGACCGCUGCAGACAUGAGCGCCAGGAAGAUGGCGCACCCGGCACUGUUCCCUCGAAGGGGCAGCGGCAGCGGCAGCGGCAGCCCCUCUGCCCUCAGUGCAGCAGGUACCGGCGUGGGUGGGAAUGCCACAGCUCCCGAGGACUUUCCGCCCCCGUCGCUGCUCCAGCCGCCGCCGCCGCCUGCAGCAUCCUGCGCGCUGGGACCGCAGCCUCCGCCUCCACAAAGCCUGAACCUCCUCUCGCAGGCUCAGCUACAGGCGCAGCCUCUCGCCCCGGGCGGCGGCACUCAGAUGAAAAAGAAAAGUGGCUUCCAGAUCACGAGCGUUACCCCGGCCCAGAUCUCCGCCAGCAUCAGCUCCAACAACAGCAUCGCCGAGGACACGGAGAGCUAUGACGACCUGGACGAAUCCCACACGGAGGACCUGUCGUCGUCAGAGAUCCUCGACGUGUCCCUCUCCAGGGCCACUGACCUGGGAGAGCCGGAACGCAGCUCCUCGGAGGAGACGCUAAAUAACUUCCAGGAAGCGGAGACACCUGGGGCAGUCUCUCCCAACCAGCCCCACCUUCCUCAGCCUCAUUUGCCUCACCUCCCACAACAGAAUGUUGUGAUCAACGGGAAUGCUCAUCCGCACCACCUCCACCACCACCAUCACGUCCAUCACGGGCACCACCUCCACCAUGGGCACCACCAUCCUUCCCAUGCUGGUGUGGCCGGUGCGUCCAUUCCUGGAGGGCCGCCCCCAAGCCCGCUCUCCAGAAAACUCUCCACAACUGGAAGCUCUGACGGUGGUGUGCCCGCUGCACCAACUUCUGCUGUAUCAUCGGGUGGCUCACCUGCAUCUGUAAUGACUAACGUCCAUGCUCCCGGUGCUGCGGGCGGUAUAGGUAUAAAUUCUGCCACUGGCACUAAUCCAGUGAAUAAUGUUAACGUGACUGCCGUGGGUAGUUUUAAUCCCAAUGUGACAAGCAGCGUGCUUGAUAAUGCUAAUGUAAAUACAAGCAAUAUUCCUAGUGCUGUUAGCGGGAGCGCCGGGCCUGGAGUUCCCGGCGGUGUUAAUGUGAAUAUCUUAAGUGGCAUGGGCAAUGGUACUAUUUCUUCCUCGGCUGUGGUUAACAGCGUCCCGAACGCAGCUGCAGGGAUGACUGUGGGAUCAAUUUCAAGUCAGCAGCAACAACCAACCGUUAACACGUCAAGGUUCAGAGUUGUGAAGUUAGAUGCUAGUUCUGAACCCUUUAAGAAAGGCAGAUGGACUUGCACCGAGUUCUAUGAAAAAGAAAAUGCCGUACCUGUUACCGAAGGUGUGGUUAUAAAUAAAGUGGUGGAAACUGUAAGACAAAACCCAAUAGAAGUGACUUGUGAGAGGGAGAGCACCAGUGGGAGUUCGGUGAGCAGCAGUGUCAGCACCCUGAGCCACUACACGGAGAGUGUGGGAAGCGGGGAGAUGGGAGCCCCUCCUGUGGUGGUGCAGCAACAGCAGCCGCCACAGCCAGCCCUGCAAGGGGUGGCCCUCCAGCAGAUGGACCUGAGCAGCGCUGGUCCGCAGAGUAUCCCGGCAGUGAGCGUACCACAGAAUGUUUCUCAGCCACCGAUCUCGCAAGUACAGCUACAGCCUCAGGAACUGAGCUAUCAACAAAAGCAAGGCGUUCCACCAGUACCUCUGCAAGCCACUAUCAAUGCUGCAACUGGUAUCCAGCCACCACCUGUUAAUGUCGGGGUAACUUCAGCGUUAGGUCAGCAGCCUUCCAUUCCUAGUUUGGCUCAACCCCAACUGCCAUACUCUCAGACGGCUCCUCCUGUGCAAGCUCCCCUCGCAGGGGCGCCCCCCCAGCAGUUACAAUAUGGACAACAGCCGAUGGUUUCCACACAGAUGGCCCCAGGUCAUGGUCAGCCAGUGACUCAAAUUCCUACUGCGGAGUAUGUGCAGCAGCAGCAGCCAAUUCUUCAAACAGCAGUGCCCGCUGGUCAGCCCAGUUCUGCAGGAGUGGGAGGAGGAACCACGUUGAUUCCUAUGGUUCAGCCACAGAGUAUCCAGUUGCCAGUGCAGCCCCCAGCCGUCCAGGCACAACCUGCAGGGGCACCGGGCCAGCCUGUUGGCCAGGUUCAAACGGCGGUAUCUGCUGUACCUCCUCCCGGCAGUCAAGUUGCAAAUAUUGUUCAGCAAGCAAACGUACCCCCUGCAAUGCAGCAGGUCUCUUCCCAAGUCACACCUUCAGUUGUUCAGCAAGGUGCUCCUCCAUCUUCACAAGUAAUUCCACCUGCUCAAACCGCGGUUACUCAUCAGGGAAUUCAAACUAGUGCUUCAAGCCUUCCUCCACAAUUGGUCAUUGCACCCCAAAGUACACUGUUACCUGUGCCUCCCCAGCCACAGCAAGGAGUAGAAUCAGUAGCUCCAGUUGUCGUCUCACAGCAGUUGCCUGCAGUUAGUCCUGUACCCUCUGCCAGUAGCAUUUCUGUUACAAAUCAGGUCAGUUCAGCUGGUCCUUCUGCAAUGCCUUCUGUUCCAACAAACUUGGUUCCACCACAGAAUAUAGCACAAACCCCUGCCACUCAAAACGGUAGUGUGGUUCAAAGUGUUAGUAGUCAACCUCCCUUGAUAGCAACUAAUAUAAAUUUGCCUUUGGCACAGCAGAUUUCACUCAGUUCUCAGUUCUCUGCACAAUCAUUAGCUCAGGCAAUUGGAAGCCAAGUUGAAGAUGCCAGGCGCGCAGCGGAACCCUCUUUAGUUGGCUUUCCUCAGACUGUCAGUGGUGACGGUGGGGGAAUGUCGGCAGUUUCAGAUGGGAGUAGCAGCAGCCUAGCAGCCUCUGCUUCUCUUUUCCCGUUGAAGGUGCUACCGCUGACGACACCCCUGGUGGAUGGAGAGGAUGAGAGCUCCUCUGGUGCAAGUGUGGUAGCUAUUGACAACAAAAUCGAGCAAGCAAUGGAUCUGGUGAAAAGCCAUUUGAUGUAUGCGGUUAGAGAGGAAGUGGAGGUCCUCAAAGAGCAAAUCAAAGAACUAAUAGAGAAAAAUUCCCAGCUGGAGCAGGAAAACAACUUGCUGAAGACACUGGCCAGUCCUGAGCAGCUCGCCCAGUUUCAGGCCCAGCUGCAGACUGGCUCCCCGCCUGCCACCACGCAGCCGCAGGGGACCACGCAGCCCCCGGCCCAGCCGGCCUCCCAGGGCUCAGGACCAACCGCGUAG